GAACUGAACUGAAUUGAACUGAAAUGAAUAGUGAUAUGUGAGAGUAAAAGUAUUGUCAAGAGCUGAAUUGAACUGGUCUGAACUGAACUGAACUGAUCUGAACUGAACUGAAUUGAACUGAACUGAAAAUAAGUUGGGGAGAACAUGCCAAAUUUGCCGCUUAAUUUGAGUAUUUGCAGGAGAUACCAACAAACAAUGAAAUGCAUCACAUGGGUCUAAAAAAAAUGAACUCUUUGGUUUAACCACACAUCCAGAUUGUUUCCCGCUUAAUUUCAGAGGAACCCCAAAUUUGCCGAAGAUCCCACUCUCACUUUUCCAGAAAAUGUAUUUGCAGGAGAUACCAACAAACAAUGAAAUUAACAGAGAAAUGGUCACUUUCCUCACUAACAAUCACUCAGAUCAACUUCGUUCACUCAUUCUCUCUCCAGAUUCUCGCCUUCAUUACCCUCUUUUCAUCGAUUUUGCAGAGCUCAUGAACGAUCAUCUACAUGUUGCUCAGCUCAUUUUCUCCAAACCCGCCGAUUACUUGCCGAAAUUCGAUUGUGCUGCUAUUUCUGCUCAGAAAUUGAUUUUGAAGGAUUUUGAAGGUGGAACAGUUUCCACAAUUAAGGAAAAUGUUCAUGUUCGCAUUAAUAUACUGGGUUCACCCCUUGAAUCUCCUGAAACAUAUCCUAGCAUUGGAAAGGUGAGGGUGAAGCAUAGAAACAUGCUUCUGACCCUGAAAGGGACAGUAAUACGAUCAGGUGCAAUCAAGACUAUUGAAGGGGAAAGAAGAUAUGAAUGUAGAAAAUGCAAGAAUGUUUUCCCAGUUUAUCCUGAAUUAGAAACCGGGAGUGUUAUAAGGCCACCAUUGGCUUGUCUAGCAGACAAAGACCAGGAAUGUGAAGGCAAUAAGUUUGUGCUUGUUGAAAACAGCACCAAAUACCAUGAUUACCAAGAAAUCAAGAUCCAAGAAAGCGCACAACUGCUGGGUGUCGGAGCCAUCCCUCGUUCAAUACGUGUCAUCCUGCAGAAUGACCUUGUUGACAUUGUUAAGGCUGGAGAUGACGUGAUUGUUACUGGGGUUUUGACUGCAAAAUGGUCUUCAGAUUUGAAAGAUGUUAGAUGUGAUCUUGAACCUGUUUUGGUCGCUAAUCAUGUUAGACAAACUAAUAAGCUUAAAUCCGAGAUAGAUAUCCCUGAUGAAACUAUCAUCAAAUUUAAGAAAUUUUGGGAAAGAUUCAGCAACACCCCACUGAAAGGGAGGAAUGAAAUUCUCAAGGGUAUAUGUCCCCAGGUAUUUGGUCUCUUCACUGUGAAGCUGGCUGUUGCUUUAACCCUUAUUGGUGGUGUGCAGCAUGUUGAUGCUUCAGGGACAAAGAUCAGAGGAGAAUCCCAUUUACUUCUAGUGGGUGAUCCUGGUACUGGAAAGUCCCAAUUCUUGAAAUUUGCUGCUAAAUUAAGUACCAGAGCUAUAAUUACUACUGGAUUGGGAAGCACAAGUGCUGGGUUAACUGUCACUGCUGUGAAAGAUUCUGGUGAGUGGAUGUUGGAAGCCGGAGCACUUGUAUUAGCUGAUGGCGGGCUGUGCUGCAUUGAUGAAUUCGACAGUAUGAGGGAGCAUGACAGAGCUACUAUACACGAAGCCAUGGAACAACAAACAAUCAGCGUUGCAAAAGCUGGUCUUGUGACAACUCUUAGUACAAGAACCAUUGUUUUUGGGGCCACAAAUCCUAAGGGGCAAUAUGAUCCUAGCCAACCUCUAUCAGUCAAUACUACACUUUCCGGUCCCUUACUGAGCAGAUUCGAUAUAGUUCUGGUUUUAUUAGACACUAAAAACCCGGAAUGGGAUAAAGUUGUUUCAUCUCAUAUCCUUGCUGAAGAGGAGGAACCAAGCAAAGGAGAAGAAGCAGAAGAUUUGACAAAUUCUUGGUCUCUUUCUAUGUUGAGGAGGUAUUUUAGUUUUGUUAAAGGGUAUUUUAAGCCAGUUCUUACAAAGGAAGCUGAGAAAGUAAUCUCGAGUUAUUACCAACUACAACGGAGAUCUGGGACAGAAAAUGCAGCAAGGAUAACAGUACGAAUGUUGGAAAGUCUGAUUCGGUUGGCACAGGCUCAUGCAAGGCUGAUGUUCAGGAACGAGGUGACUCAGUUGGAUGCCGUUACUGCUAUCUUAUGUAUAGAAUCAUCCAUGACUACUUCAGCAAUAGUGGAUUGUGUUGGGAAUGCUUUACAUUCAAAUUUCACAGAAAACCCUGAUAUUGAAUACGCAAAGCAAGAAAAAUUGAUACUUGAAAAACUGGGAUUGGUGGAUGAAUUUCCAGGUAUAAGGAGCUUACAUGGAUGAGAAUACUGAGCACAUGCUCUAUCAAGCAGGUUUAUUUACUGUUGCCAGGAAUGUGAUGAGGUUGCUAUCUCAAGCUAUAUGGCUGCUACCAUUUAAUCAAGAUGAUCAAUACCCAAUUAUUGUGUUAUACUACUUUCAUAUUUCUGUAUGUUUAUUAAUAUUUUUUUUGACAGGCAGAGCCCGCAGGUCAUGGGCUUUUUGGACAGAUGAUUUUAGGAACAAAGUUAAGAGAAACUUCAUAACUAAAACUCAUUUCUUUCCUGUCCGAUAUUCAAUACAAUAUGAGUUAAAAUUGAAUUACAA